AUGCGCACCUCUUCCAUUCCUUUGGAGGGUGCUCCCACUUCCACCCCAACUGGUCGCAUCAGUAAGGCAAAGAAGGGAAAGCGCGUCCAUGCCUGCGCUUAUGAAGGUUGCGGAAAGGUCUUCACUCGGGCAGAGCACCGGAGAAGACAUGAACUCAAUCACAACCCUGAAGCCAUGUUUCCCUGCAACCGUCCUGGCUGUCGGAAGGCCUUCCACCGUUUGGAUCUCCUCCAGCGUCAUCAGGAGCGACAUGACUUGGAACAUCAGCUAGAUUCUCAGCCCGUCCAGAGCAGGCACAUUAACCACGUCUCCGCAGCCGGUGAAGUUCCUUCGAGUAUGCCACCCACAAGUAUUUCUAGUCCGCAACCAGGUGCCGUUGGCCGGACGUCCUCUGGCGGCCUCUCAAUCGGCUCUCUCGUUCACCCACAAACUGAGUACAGGUACAACAUGGGCACACCGGCCGUCUUCAACAACUUCAAUCGUUCGGCAGUCCCAACAUACACCAACGGCUUCGCCUCGUCCGAUGAGGGUCUCUACUACACACCAGAGAGCAGCCAAUCACCAGUGUCGGAACAGUAUGGGCGAUACGCUCAUCGCCAGUCCAUUUCUUCUUCUUCUUCUGUUGCAGCGUUCGAUCCCGUUCAGACCUCACCCUUGAUCAAUGGCUCCAGUGCCUGGGUGCCUUCUUCUGCCCCUCCCAACGUCUUGCCUGCCAGCAUGUUUGAAGAUCACACAUACAUGAAUUCACAUGCAGACACUUCCGUACCAAUACCCCUCACCAACCUGGAUGGAGACGAGUUCGAAUUCAUACGACGCGAGUUAUCCAAUGCUCCUGGGAUCAUAUCCACCAGUCCAAGAAGUGACCUACCAGGUGCUAUAAGGGCGGACGCCAUUCGAUGGGAUUGCUUGGAGCUCUAUUGGCUCCACUUCCACCCUUAUUUUCCUAUCAUCCAUCGGCCUACCUUCUUACCAACCAAGCCUAGCCCAUUGUUGGCCAGUGCCAUGGUAGCCAUCGGAUCCCAGUAUGACCACAGAGAAGAUGCAAAGCAAUACUCUCUGACACUGCUCGAACUGGCGACAAAGCUCCUCCGAAGACGAGACACAAUCAAUAGCAGGUCCAGACUGUCCGAUCUACAGACUGUUUUCCUCUUGGAGGUCUUAAGCAAGUACUGCGCUCGAAGAAUCGAAGUAGAUAUGUCUUCGCGCUUUCGUCAGUUGUUUGCGAGUCUCGACCAGGCAAAACGAACACUUGGGACAAGCUCUCUCGCCGUGUUCCGGACAUUACGACCCACCCCGAACAAGGAAGAGCUCAACAAAGCCCAUAAGUUCUGGGUAGACCACGAGACGCGGCGGCGGAUAUUCCAGGCCUUCUCAGUUCUGGAUAUGCAGCAAACGAAUCUCUUCGAGCAACCCCCUACGAUCGUCCAUCACACACGAACUCGACUGUCCACCGAGACUUCCAAAGCAAGUAUGACUAUGCCGUGUGCAGAGGAACUCUGGAACGCCAGUCCCGUGGACGACUGGAAAGAUAUGGCAGAUGUUCACCAACAUUUUGAACACAGCAACCUAGAUGUGGCCCUCGAAUCGCAAGGGGAACGCAAACUCGACUAUUUCCAGAUGCAGACUUGGUUGCAAUUCGAUCCUGCGGCACUUCAAAGAUUCUGCUUCGAGGACGAAAGUCAUUUUCUUCCACUCUUGCACCCUGGGCUCGCCCGAGACGGGAUUGCUUUCAACCAGCACAUUAUGACCAUGACCAAGCACACGCCUCUGCGACAUCUACUGCUUGUGACUGGCGAGUCUUGGAUCUUUGGCAAGAAACUCGAGAACGAAUCGGACUUCCAGAUCGCCAAACAGUCUCUUCGCAAUUGGGUUGACAUGAGGGCGGAUAGCUUGACCGCUCUCUGGCACGCGCUAGCACUGCUGCGGAGUCAAAUUACAUUCGAGACAGGCAAGGCGAACCAAGAGGAGGUCUAUGUGAGCUUCCAUGAGACCAAAAUGCUUCACGAGCCGUGGUCCAUCUAUUUGGCCACUUUGGUUUGCUGGGCGUGUUGUUUCUACCCUUCUGUUUCUUUCAGCAACAGCAGAGUCGAACGCUCUCGUACCGGCUCGGUCGCCAGCGCGGCAGGGUCCAGCCAUUCUCAUGCCGGCAGCUCGGGGCAUCCGGCGCUGAUGAAUGCCACUGAGGCAGCACUGGAAGCACGAAUGUUUCUGCAAGCUACGAAUGUGGCUAGCGCUCCCGAACUGGGCUAUGUUGAUCCAGCAUCACUCGGACGCGUCAACGGCCUACUCGAGGUGGUCAGGACGCAGAAGAUCCAGCCACUGCUGGGCGGUUUGAUGAAUGAGGCGGAACGAGUAUUGUAUCGGCUUGUGGAGGGACGGAGCAAGUUGUGCCACUUUUAA